AUGAGUGCACUUGUAAGAUUACUCGAAAGAAAUUCAUUUCGCAGUAGUUUUAGAUACUUUUGUACUACUGGGAUAAGUGCUUCGGGUCAUUCUAAAUGGGAUAACAUCAAGCAUAAAAAAGCAGCCAAUGAUGCUGCAAGAGCUCGUGUUUCCUUUAAGAUGUCAUCAAAAAUUACCGUGCUAGCAAAAAUGGGGGGAUCUGACUUGACAAAGAAUUUGCAGUUAGCCUAUGCUAUUGAGAAGGCGAAAUCUCUGAGUAUCCCAAAGAGAGUUAUUGAAAAUGCAGUGAAAAGAGGCACUGGUGAAAUGAAGAGUUCCGCUAAAAUGGAGACAGUCACUUAUGAAGGGUUGGGACCUGGUGGAGUGGCAGUAGUUAUUGAAGCUAUUACGGAUAACAAGAAUCGUACAAUUGGAAUGAUUAGGCCCUGUUUUAAUAAAUAUGGUUCCAACAUGACUCCCACUGCCUACAUGUUUGACAGAAAAGGCAUACUAAUUAUUGAUCUUAAGGAUGCAGACUUUGAUGAGGAGUUUGAUAACAUGAUAGAAUUGGGAUGUGAUGAUAUAAAUCAGGUAUCCAAUGAGAAUGAUGAAAAUCUGGUUGAACUGGUGACUGAUCCUAAGGAGUUAGGUAAGGUUGCGAAUCAGAUUAAAGAAGAUAAUAAGUAUACAAUCAAGGAAAUGGAAUUUGGCUAUAUUCCAAAAGAUGAUAUGAAGGUCGAGAUAUCAAACCCUGAAACAAAAGAAAGUUUUGAAUCUUUUGUUCAGUUACUAGAGGACUUGGAUGAUGUUGAGAAAGUUUACACCAAUGUUGAAAACUAA